ACAUUAACAAACAGCUCACUGCUCUUUUUCUUCUUCUUCUCCAUCGUCUUCCUCCGGUCACUGCUCUACCAUUUCCACUUCCUUGGUUCAUCUUCCAUUUUCCUUUUUCUGGAUAUUUUUUCCUUAAUCAUAAGAUGCACGCGAAGACAGACUCGGAGGUGACAAGCCUCCCGGCGUCAUCGCCGACGAGAUCUCCCCGGAGACAAGAGUACUACGUGCAAUCGCCGUCGCGUGACUCUCGCGACGGAGAGAAGAUGGCGUCGUCGUUUCACUCGACGCCGGUGAUAAGUCCGAUGGGAUCUCCGCCGCAUUCUCAGUCCUCCAUGGGUCACCACUCGCGGGAAUCUUCCUCGAGCAGAUUUUCGGGAUCUCUGAAGCCUGGGUCGCGGAAGAUCUCUCCGAACGACGCCGGAAAACGGAAGGGACACGGCGGCGGUGGCGGAGAUAAGCAGUGGAAGGACUGUGCUGUAAUCGAAGAAGAGGGUUUGCUUGAUGACGAAGAUCGAGACAAGGGUUUGCCUCGUCGGUGCUAUAUCUUGGCCUUUCUGGUUGGAUUCUUCGCUCUGUUUACGUUCUUCUCUCUGAUUCUCUAUGGAGCCGCUAAACCUCAGAAGCCCAAGAUCUCCGUGAAGAGCAUAACAUUCGAGCAGGUCAAAGUCCAAGCAGGGUCGGAUUCUUCCGGAGUCGGGACGGACAUGAUCACCAUGAAUGCAACUCUGAGAAUGUUGUACCGAAACACCGGCACUUUCUUCGGCGUUCAUGUCUCUUCCUCUCCCAUUGACAUCACCUUCUCUCAGAUCACGAUUGGCUCUGGAUCCAUCAAGAAGUUCUAUCAGUCGAGGAAAAGCCAGGGAUUGGUGACGGUGAAUGUGAUCGGAGACAAGAUCCCUCUGUACGGAAGCGGUUCGAGCUUCAUCCCUCCGCCUCCGGCUCCUGUCCCGACCACCACAAAAAGGAAGAAGGGCUCUCCAGCGGUGGUUUACGUCCCGGUCGUGCCACCGCCUGUCCCGAUGAAGCUCAAAUUCACGGUCAGGUCGAGGGCUUACGUGCUGGGCAAGUUAGUGCAGCCAAAAUUCUACAAGAGAAUCGAGUGUGACAUCAACUACGAGCUCGAGAAACUCAAUGUCAAGUUUUCUCUCAAGAACAACUGUACUUACACUUGACUUGGAGGAGCAAAACGCCACGGAGAAGCAAAACGGUGUCGUAUGGAUACAGCUCAACGGGCAGUCUUUUGGGCUGUUUGGGCAGGGCGUGUGCCUGCCCGAUAUACGUAACGAAGAUUGGCGUGCGUCGGUGGCUUCGUGUUCAUGGGAGUGAUAUAUUUGUUUACUUUGGAUUUUUUUUCUUUCUUUCUAAAUAUAUACAAUUAUAGUUUAUCGUUGUAGGAGGAAGAACGUGCUGAACAGAUGGAAUAAUAUUUUAUUUAUUUCUUUUACGUCUUUUUUUUGGUAAUUUUUAGAUUUAUAUAAUGUGAUUCUGUUA